CUAAAUGGAGAAGCAGCUCAUUUUAGUGGCAGAUAUAUAAAUGAUCAAUUCUUCAUAAUUACUGGUAGUAAAAAUGUCCACAUAUUAAUUAGAAAUGCAGAUGAUAUUGACAAGUAUGAGGGAGAAAGAUACUUUGUUGCUAAGCAAGUUGCAAGGGCUGUGUGUGACACCUUGAAAAGACUGGAAGAGAAUCCUCGUCAUCUUGUGUACAGCUUCCUUCACCACACGAAAUGUACUGCUGUCUGUGAGAUUCUUCAACCAAACUACCAGCAUAUAGUAAACCUUAGCUACCUGGAGGAGCCACAGCUGAAUGUGAUAACAUUUACUUCCACACUUAGUAAUGAAAAUGAAUUGAGUUUGACAGCAUUGCCUCCGCACUACACUCUAGAGGUGUUGUCUGUUUUGGGUUUUCAAACACCAUCAUAUAGCACUGUAUUACCCAAGGAUAUGGCAAGUCAUCAACACAAGGUCAAAACGUUAUUAAACAGUGAAGGAGAAGUGCUGUAUUACAUAAAUGAUAAAGGAGACACCAUUGGAAUGGCAAAGGUGAAGAGCAUGUGGUAUGUCAUGAUGAGAGCUCUGCGAGAGAAAGCCAUCUUCUGUUUCCUGGGGGCAAAGCGAAGGCAAAACUGGUCUUUGGAGAGUAUGAUCAGACUGAUGAAGAAACGCUUUGAAGAAAUUCAAGAAUGGUUGAACUUUUCUGAUGAAUACCUUAAUAAGUGGAAGAACCUGGGUGCAUUAUUCCUAAAAUGGCUGGAGAAGGAAAUAGAAGAGAAGAGAGUGUCAGAGAGAAAUAUUCAGCCCCAGUUUCCAAUACUUUGGGCAAGAUUCAUGAGAGAAGCAAAUGAAACAGAUGCUUUUAUUUCUUCAUAAGUAUUUGAUGAUACUUAGUAUGUCAACUAUAUUAUUGAACUUUUACACAUGUUUUAUAUAUUUGAACUGUGCUUCUUUGUAGAACAGUAGCAAGAGCUGGAGAUCUCACUGCAGAGUGAGAGAGACUAUCUAUUUCCUUUAGAUAGAGUAUAAUGAAGGAAUACUGUUCUUGUGUUGUAUCCUGUGAUCAAAGGUUUUGAUAGCACUGGUAUUAUACUAAGGCAUGCAUGUAUUUUUCACUUCCAUUUUGUUUACAAGCACUUAAUCACCAGGAAGUAAAUUAAUAGGCUUACCAGAUGUAAA